AUGUCUACGCACCCUGUGAUCCUCAUUCUCGGCUCCGGGCCCAGAGUCGGUGCCGCGGUAGCUAAACAGUUUGCCAGCACCGGUUACUCUGUAGCUGUCGCUUCCAGAAGUGCCUCAACCGGGAAAACCACCGAGGGCUAUCUGUCCAUCAAGGCAGACCUCUCCAACCCUUCAUCAAUCUCGGCAGUCUUUGAGGCAGUUAAGGCUGAGUUUCAAAGCCCGCCUAGUGUCGUGGUAUACAACGCCGCAGCCCUGACACCACCCGCAGACGAUUCCCUCUUCUCCAUCCCAGCAGAUAGCGUUGCUGCUGAUCUCAAUGUCAACACCGUGUCUGCCUAUGCGGCCGCCCAAGAGGCUGUGAAGGGGUGGGAAAGUCUCCCACAGGACACGAAGAAGCUGUUCAUCUUCACGGGCAAUAUGCUAAACAAGGCCGUCAUUCCGAUGCCCAUGAUGCUGAACUUGGGGAUUGGUAAAUCCGCCUCUGCGUAUUGGAUUGGCACGGCGGAUAUACUUUACUCUGGUCAUGGCUACCGCUUUAUCUAUGCCGAUGAGCGCAAUGCCGAUGGUAGCAUGAAGGGCAUGAGCCUUGAUGGCGAGGCACACGCCCAAUUCUUCGCCGAUAUCGCCAGCGGAAAGGAAGAAGUGCCGUGGCAUGCAACUUUUGUCAAAGGAAAGGGCUAUGUCACGUUCUAA